AAAAGAUCAAUUGCAAAUUCCCCUCGGCAAACAGAUGAAGGUCUGUAUAUACUCAAUAAAGCUAUUCAAGAAGAAAAGUGGUUCCAAGGGAAGAAAGAAGGGUCCAGUUCAGUGGCAGAGGUAGCAGAUGGAACUUGUAAUCUUAACUCUGCUGCGAUUGACCAUAUGGAAUAUGGAACUGGUUCUCCUGUGGAUAUGGCCAGAUCUUAUAUGAGAGAAAGGCCUCCUUGGGCAUCUCCUAUGGAACAUGCUGGGCUGAGAACCCCAUUGACUACAACUAUGGAACGUUUCAAGGAAAGAACACCAUAUUCAGUCACCAAAGAAGUUUGGUCAUCAUUAAAGAGACAGAGUGCUCUUGCAUCUGGAUCCUGGAAUAUCCAGGAAGAAUUACGGAGAGUACGCUCAAAAGCAGUCGAAGAUAUGUUCGACACCCCCCGCUAA